GAAGAAAUACUUUUUCCUCUUCGAAACGUGAAUUGGAUAAAAAGAAGCCGAUGUAGCAGAUUUUCUCGAUUUCUUGUAACAACAAAACGACGUCAAAUUAGAGUCGACCUGUUACUCGGUCAGCUGGUCGUACUGCUUAGGUUUCAACCCCUCCUCCUAGAAGAAAAACACCAAGUCUCAACUUCCUUUUUUUUCCUACCACAUCGGCGGUUCUCUAAAACGUGGACGAGCCAGCUAGGUACAACUAACCAUUGGACUCCUACUUACAAACUUGCCUUAAACUAAUGAGUAAGGAAAACAAAGCGAGCGGUGGGAGCCGCUCGCCGCGCAGUUGACAUAGUAUUAUGCGCAAGUAAUUUUUGGAGGGGUUAUAGGCUGGCCGAGUCCUGACGCUGCUUACUUUGCAGAACUCGCUCGCGCGGGCCUCCCUUUUGGAACCCAUCCCCCCAAUUCCUCAAUUCCAAACUUGUUCCCUCUCACAGGCAUUUUAUCGAACAGGUUGCGACCGUCAAAAUUGGCCCCCAGAUUCUCAGCUUUCACAGCUCGCUCGCUCGCUCGCUCAAAUUGCUCAUUUUCGUCCGGUUUUGGGGAAGUUUUGUCCUCGCCAACGGGUCGUCUCUAGUCUUCGAUUUAUCGUCACCAGCAAACAAAAGGGGAUUUAUGGUGGUGGGUCACUGGAAAAGCUUUGGCGUACGCGAUGGUGAAUGCAGACAGAGGACCCGGAUCGAGCACCAAAACUAAAUGGCAAGGUGGAGUCUUUCCUCGCCUUGAUUUUGAUCCUGGGCGCGCGCACAUGGCAGCCCCGCAGCCAAUGGGGUUCCAACACUUCAUCCGCCUCAAUCUUAUCAAAAUACCGAGUUCCACAAUGGGUAAAGGUGCAGCAUCUAAUAGAGAAAUGCUUGAUCUUCCAUAUGAGUAAAGAAGAGUGCAUGGAAGCUCUCUCCAAGCAUGCAAACAUCGAACCUGUCAUCACCUCCACAGUGUGGAAUGAACUGGAGAAAGAGAACAAAGGAUUCUUCGAAGCCUAUGCCGAAUCCAAGAGCAAAGACGAAAGGAUGACCGAGGAAGAAACGAGCGCCAUGAUCAAGAAGAUGAUCACUGAAUCCUCCAAAGAAGACUCCAAGGACUGAUCAUGAAAGCCUUAGCAGGUUUACAAUUUCUCUCCCUUUUCAGCUAUAUUUUGAUUAUUUUCACAGGAGGAGAAAGGAACAUCUCAAACUCUGUUUAUUCCUACAUGUGUCCCUUGCCUUCCUAGUGGUCCAUUGCCCUUUUCUGUCCUCAUGUAUGGAAGUAGCUAUGUAGUAUACGUAAGAGGACAGGUCUACUUAUCUGCUGCAUGUUCAUGUCAGUCUUCUUGCUGUAUUCAUCUCAUCAUCGUACGAUCACGUGAAUCUUGAGCACAAAAUACUAUCAAACCCUCUUGCUUACCUGCAGAGAUCAUCAUCAUUUUGAACUUAAAGAGGGAUGAUCAGCUCUCAACUGAUGAUAAAUUGGUGGUUGUUUUCUUUGUUUGUCUCAACUAUGUGAAGCUGAUCAGCUCUCUAUUUCUCUCGUUAAAAUGAAGUAAAGAACAUGCUUCAUGGGGACAGUCAAGUAGAAUCUCGAGGAAGAAAAAGGGUGAAGAACCCACAAAGACGAAAACAAAAUGAAAAGCUUGGAUGGCUGGCUGGUCACGAUCAACUACUUUUUGUGUGGGUGAAAAUGGAGAAAUGAGAUUGGUGAUAUUCUAUUAUCUUCAUAAACUGAAGUCCUUUGGCUGUAUGCUGUACUAUUUCCCUACCCCUGCUUCGUUGGACGCUUGCAUGUACAGGAACAGAGCUGUCUAUCGACGUUAUCAUGAUCAUGGACCUACUGCCUGUGUGAAUAAAAGCACUAUAUAUACACGUUUCAUUUUACUUCAAGUUGAAAGUUCGUUCAUUCAAUAAUUGAGCACUUGAGGUUGUAGCAAAAAUACCUCUUAAGGGGUCGUUUAAGGGUCGUUUAGAUGAUAGAACUAGAUUGUUUGGUGACACAAAGUAGAGAUGCCGCAAUUGGGUCGAUGCAAUAUGAAUUACUUCGUUUUGAUUUGAAUUGAUAGGAGGAGGGGCAAGUAUAUUGAAAUGAU